CAAGCUUUUGCCCUACUCUGAAAAUAAAGAUGGCUUCCUCUCUCGAUCGCAUUCUCAUGCUCUCAUUUCUUUGAUUCAGAUCUAACAGCAUAUGUUUCUCGCAUUUCUCCUUCGUUGAAGGAGCGUUGUUGCAUCCAACAAUCUUCUUUGAAUUGCACCUGAAGAUGUCGUUCUCCUCUGCCAUUUCAAGGUAUGGGUUCCUCAAAUCUCUGCUCUUUCUGCAAUCUUCGCCGUCUGCCUUCCUUCUUUCUCUCCCUUUCGCUCUUAAUCUGCAACGUUUUGUACAUUUCCAUUCCGGUAACCCUAAUAGCCUCCGAGAUUCAGUUUCUUCGUUCAAUCGCUUGCUCUCCAUGAGUCCACGGCCAUCCAUUGUCGAAAUUAAUAAGAUUUUAGGAUCACUUGCAAAGACCAAGCAAUGCACAACUGCUAUCUCACUUGCUGCGCGGGCGGAAUUGAAUGGAUUCAAACCGUGUUUAGUUACGCUGUCCAUUUUGAUCAAUUGCUACUGUCAUGAGGGUGACAUGACUUCUGCUUUCUCUUUAUUGGGUAAGAUUUCCAAGUGGGGUUACCGACCGAAUACUAUAACAAUGAAUACGUUGAUGAAAGGACUCUGCAUGAAAGAUGUAGGGAAAGCGCUGGACUUUCACGACGACCUGUUGAAAAAAGGAUUUUUCUUAAACGUAGUAACUUAUGGUACCUUAGUUAAUGGGCUGUGUAAGAGUGGAAAAACGAGAUGUGCUGUUAAAUUGCUCCAAAUGAUGGGGAGACGGAGAAUUAAAAUUAAGCCUGAUUUGAUUAUAUAUAGCACAGUCAUUGAUGGCCUUUGUAAAGAAAGGCUUGUAAAUGAGGCAUCUCAAUUGUGUUAUGAAAUGAUCAGUCAAGGAUUAAGUCCUGAUAUUGUAACUUACAGCAUUUUAAUCCAUGGUUUCCUCAGCGUAAACCAAAUGCAACAAGCAGCUAGACUUUUAAAUGAAAUAGCCCUAAAAGACAUCACUCCUGAUCUUUAUACCUUUAAUAUACUAGUUGAUGCAUUUUGCAAAAGAGGAAGGAUAGUAGAAGCUCAAUCUGUCCUUGCCAAGAUGAUGAAAUGCUCUCUAAAACCUGAUUCUUUUACAUUCAACUCUUUGAUGCAUGGGUACUGUAUGAGGAAUAGUGUUGAUGAGUCAAGAGAAGUUUUCAACAAGAUGAUCAAAAAUGGCUUCGCACCUAAUGUCUGUAGUUAUACUAUGUUGAUUGAUGCACAUUGUAAAUUAAAAAUGGUGGAUGAAGCCCUAGAUCUUUUUAAAGAAAUGCGCUGCAAAAAUUUGGUUCCUGAUAUAGUCACUUACACCUCUCUUAUUGAUGGCUUGCGCAAAGCUAAGAGAUUCUCAUAUGUGCAAGAUCUUGUUUAUGAGAUGCGUCUUAAUGGCCAAGUUCCUAAUAUGAUAACCUACAAUAUUUUGUUGGAUGCAUUUUGCAAAAUGAAACUUCUUGACAAGGCAAUUGCAUUAUACCAGCAAAUGAUCAACCAAGGAAUGCAACCUACAGUGUGGACUUGCAAUAUAUUGAUUGAUGGUCUGUGCAAGGGUGGUAGGCUAAAUUUAGCACACGAGAUCUUUGAACUCCUUUUGACUGAAAGUAAUCAUCUAGAUGUCUGUACUUACAACAUUAUGAUGAAUGGACUUUGCAAAGAAGGCUUGUGCAGUGAAGCAUUGGCAUUGCUUUCAACAAUGACAAAGAAUGGGUGCCUUCCUAAUUUGGUGACAUUUAGAACGCUAGUGGGAGCUCUUUUGAAGAAAAAUGAGAAUGAUAAAGUAGAGAUGCUUAUUCAUGAAAUGAUCGGCAAAGGUCUUCUAAAAUGGAAUGCCAUGUCUCUUCCUGGAAUAAACCAACAAGGGACAUUGGUUCCCAUCAUUACCCUCCCCUAUGAGAACCGCCUCCACAAGGUGGAAUGCAGGAAAUUGCGAGGCAAUGAGAUCAUGAUCUUCCCAAUUAGAUUCUUCAAGAGAUUCAGAUCCAACAGCAUAUGUUUCUUUUUGAAGAACAGCAUAUGUUUCUCGCACUUCUCUUUUGUUAAAGCCGCGUCGAUGCAUCCAACAUUCUUCUUUGACUCUUAUCUGAAGAUGUCGUUCUCCUCUGCCAUUUCAAGGUAUGGCUUCCUGAAAUCUCUGCUCUUUCUGCAAUCUUCGCCGUCUGCCUUCCUUCUUUCUCUCCCUGUCGCCCUUAAUCUGCAACGUUUUGUACAUUUCCAUUCCGGUAACCCUAAUAGCCUCCGAGAUUCAGUUGCUUCGUUCAAUCGCUUGCUCUCCAUGAGUCCACGGCCAUCCAUUGUCGAAAUUAAUAAGAUUUUAGGAUCACUUGCAAAGACCAAGCAUUGCACAACUGCUAUCUCACUUGCUGCGCGGGCGGAAUUGAAUGGAUUCAAACCGUGUUUAGUUACGCUGUCCAUUUUGAUCAAUUGCUACUGUCAUGAGGGUGACAUGACUUCUGCUUUCUCUUUAUUGGGUAAGAUUUUCAAGUGGGGUUACCGACCGAAUACUAUAACAAUGAAUACGUUGAUGAAAGGACUCUGCAUGAAAGAUGUAGGGAAAGCGCUGGACUUUCACGACGACCUGUUGAAAAAAGGAUUUUUCUUAGACGCAGUAACUUAUGGUACCUUAGUUAAUGGGCUGUGUAAGAGUGGAAAAACGAGAUGUGCUGUUAAAUUGCUCCAAAUGAUGGGGAGACGGAGAAUUAAAAUUAAGCCUGAUUUGAUUAUAUAUAGCACAGUCAUUGAUGGCCUCUGUAAAGAAAGGCUUGUAAAUGAGGCAUCUCAAUUGUGUUAUGAAAUGAUCAGUCAAGGAUUAUGUCCUGAUAUUGUAACUUACAGCAUUUUAAUCCAUGGUUUCCUCAGUGUAAACCAAAUGCAACAAGCAGCUAGACUUUUAAAUGAAAUAGCCCUUAAAGACAUCACUCCUGAUCUUUAUACCUUUAAUAUACUAGUUGAUGCAUUUUGCAAAAGAGGAAGUAUUGUAGAAGCUCAAUCUGUCUUUGCCAAGAUGAUGAAAUGCUGUAUAAAACCUGAUUCUGUUACAUUCAAUUCUUUGAUGCACGGAUAUUGCAUGAGGAAUAGUGUUGAUGAGUCAAGAGAAGUGUUCAAUAAGAUGAUCAAAACUAGCUUGGCACCUGAUGUCUGGAGUUACAAUAUAUUGAUCAAUGCAUAUUGUAAAUUAAAAAUGGUAGAUGAAGCCCUAUACCUUUUUAAAGAAAUGCACUGCAAGAAUUUGGUCCUUAAUACGACCACUUACAACUCUCUUAUUGAUGGCUUGUGCAAAGUUAAGCGACUAUCAAAUGUGCAAGAUCUUGUUUAUGAGAUGCGUCGUAAUGGCCGAGCUCCUGACAUAAUAACCUACAACAUUUUGUUGGAUGCAUUUUGCAAGAUGAAACGUCUUGACAAGGCAAUUAUAUUAUUUCAGCAAAUCAUCAACCAAGGAAUGCAACCUCAAGUGAGGACAUGCAAUAUAUUGAUUGAUGGUCUGUGCAAAGGAGGUGGGCUAGAUUUGGCACUGGAGAUCUUUGAAUUCCUUUUGACCAAAAGCAAUCAUCUAAAUGUCUACACUUACAAUAUCAUUGUGAAUGGGCUUUGCAAAGAAAGUUUGUUCGGUGCAGCGUUGACAUUGCUUUCAAAGAUGAAAGAGAAUGGUUGCCUCCCAAAUUUUGUGACAUUUGGAACGCUUAUACAAGCUCUUUUGAGGAAAAAUGAGAAUUAUAAAGCAGAGGUGCUUAUUCAUGAAAUGACUGGUAGAGGUCUUCUAAAAGAUAAAAUAAGAACUUAUUAUUGUCUAGCAUUGGAGGUAUACCACUCUAAAAACAGGCAAUUUUGGUUUUGCAGUGUAAGAUUGCUCCUAAGUGGUUUAACUAUGCAAAUAGGGUUAUUAUGUUGUUGAUGAUUGAGUUAAGCAUGUUUUGUGGGUGACACAUACUAAAUGGACUUACGCAGAAAUUUAUUUAGCGAAUAUUCUCUUUUUUUUAUAUGAAUAUUUCUAUAUAUGAUCUCCCUCACAGUUUUAUAUGGCAAGCAGUCAAAAGACAUUAUUGUUUUAUUAUUCUACAGACAAGAAUCUCUGUAAGUUUCUGUAAAGUUACAUAAUCCCCAAGCUGUCCUUCUCCCAAGCCGUCCCCAGGCAACUUUAUCUUUCAAGUCAGACCAAUAUAAAUGAUAAAGCAGCGGCCGUAUCUGCUCCUCCCUUGCUAUGCCCAAGAAGCAAAAUACGUUUGUUGGGCCCCAAUUAAUUUCCUCUGUAUACUCUUUUAUCUCCGUGGCAUUUUUCUCAACUGAUGCUGAUAGGAACCCGUUACUAGUAUAUAAGAGGCGCAAGCAAAGUCCCAAUCAAAAUGCAUCUUUAGGAUCAGUUGACAAGGGAGUUACUCACGUUGAAUAACUACCUUAUGUGUUGUCAGAAUUAUAAUAUUGGAGCUUAUGUUUCUUAUCUUAGGAAUGUUGAGUUGUCAAGUAAUUAGGAGUUCAAGUGUGUGUGCUGUCAAAUCAUAGUUAUAACUGUAAUUAUGUGGUUUUAUAUAAUUGUAAGACAAUCUAUGUGAAGAUAUGAAUGAUUUCUGACUUAUUACUUGGAGAUUCCUUCUUGGCUUUAUCUAGCUUGUAUGAGAUCCUUGUCCAGACUUGGAUAAAGAUUAAUAUUUCUUCCCUGUUAUUAAGUCUUAACGGAUGCCUGAUUAAUGAUCAAUCAACAUUCAGUAAUAGCACAAGUAAAUAACACCCGGACAAAGACAAAUACACAUAAUGUACACAAAAACAAAUAUAUUUUUGUUAGUUAUUUUAAUCAUUUAAUAUUAAUCAUUAAUAUUGCAGUAAUUACUCUGCUGAUAUACCUCAAUGAAUCCUUCCAAUA